AUGAAGACGUUCUCGUCCGAGCGGAGCGCGGUCUCGUCGUACGGCGAACAUCAUCCUAUGACGAAUCAACAACAACAAUAUCAGCGCAGCGGUGCAACUGGGGUUGUUCCGAUGCAACACGUUGCACAGCAACAACAACCGACCGCGUCGCAGUUGAUAUCUAAAAAUCGCAGAGAGCUCAGAAAAAGGAAGCAAAUGGCUCGAAAGUUUGGAACUCGAGAAAUUCUCAUCGUCCAAUCGCUCAUCGAGCGAUGCUUGACGUUUUACGCGACGAAAGAGGAAGUGAUUGAGAUUUUAGAGAAGAAGUGCGGGAUCGAUGAGGUGAUAUCGUCGGUGAUUUGGGACCAAUUGGAACAGCAAAACGAGGAGUUCUUCAAGGAGUAUCAUCGGCGAUUGAAGAUGAAGGAAAGGAUCGAAGCGUUCAACGAAGAGAUAUGCAACUACGCGCAGACGAUUGGGAUUAUUCCGAGCGAGGUUGAGGAAGAGGAGGACGAGGAGGACGGGAGGAACACGAUGAGCAACGACGAAAACGUGAACAAUAAUAGAUCGGAAGAAGGGUCGCACGACGCGAGCGAAGGUAACAAACAAAAGAAGAAGAAGAAGAGUAAAAAAGCAAAGACAAAGGAAGCGGCGACCACCGCCACCAAGAAGGCGGAAGAAGAAAAAAACAAGAAAGAUAAUAAUAAUAAUAAUAGCAACAAAAGAACGGGCACGGGAGCGUUGAGUGGAGCCGUGAGUGCCGCGUUGACCCCGUUAGCUUUGGCACCGGGCGAAUUGAGAAAUUUGAAUGAUAAUCCAGAAGCCGAUUUGCCUUCCAUGGAGCUGUCGUUCGAGGAAGAAAAAGAUGAGAUUCCAUUGCCGCAGGCGCCCCCGGUAGUAGCCGAGAAGGCUACGGCGUAG